UAAAGAAAGAAGAAGGAAGAGAAGAUUGAAAAAAGGAAAGGGAGAUUGGUCGUUGGUCUAAGAUAGUUGUCACCGCCACCAUCUCCCUAUUUCCAUAAUUAAUAACCAAACCAAUUCAAAUCAAACCAAAUCAAACUGGAAACUAAAGAUUUAUCUUCCUUCUUUUAAUUAUUAAAACCUCUCUAAAUCCCUUCAUAACCUUUUUAUUAUUAUUAUUCAGGGUGGUUUUUUGACUUAAAACACACAUACACACUCAAAAAACCUCACUGAUCCAUCCUCCUUAUUAGAUAUUUAUCAUUAUUACCUGAAUUGGAAUACCUGAAUUGUUAUUUUCUGUUUCCAAGUACAUAUAUAUAUAUAUAAGCUAAUGGAAGCGAUAGUAGAACUGGUAGAGUUAUCGGAAUCGAUGCGGCAGGCGGCUGCUUUACUUAAUGACGAAGAUAUAAUAGUUGAUGAUCAAAAUCAAAAUCAAAAUUCAAGACGUGGUCGUGGCGUUGGUUCCACUUUUUUAAAUGUUGUUGCUCUUGGUAACACGGGUGCAGGAAAAUCGGCGGUUUUGAACAGUUUAAUUGGACAUCCUGUUUUGCCGACUGGUGAAGGUGGGGCUACCCGUGCGCCUAUAUGUAUCGACUUAAAUAGGGAUGAAAAUCUAAGCAACAAAGCAAUUGUUUUGCAGAUUGAUAAUAAAUCCCAAUCGGUGUCUGCAAGUGCUCUUCUGCGUUCUUUACAAGACAGACUUACUAAAACUUCAAGCAAGAGCCGUGAUGAAAUAUAUCUGAAGCUUAAAACGAGUACAGCUCCUCCUUUAAAGUUGAUUGAUCUGCCUGGAGCUGAGAAAGGAAAUCUUGAUGAUUCUUUGAGUGAAUACGCUCAACACAAUGAUGCAAUUUUGUUGGUUGUAAUACCAGCUGCUCAGGCACCAGAAGUUUCCUCUGCUAAAGCUCUGAAAAUUGCGAAGGAAUAUGAUGGGGAAUGUACAAGGACGAUUGGUGUUAUAAGCAAAGUUGACCAGGCAUCUGCAGAUCCUAAAGUCCUUGCUGCUUGUCAAGCACUUCUUUUGGGUCAAGGGCCUCGAAGUGCAGCCGAUAUUCCUUGGGUUGCUCUGAUUGGUAAGUCAGUUUCCAUUGCUUCAGCACAGUCAGGAAGUGUGGGAUCUGAUAACUCGUUAGAAACUGCUUGGCGGGCCGAGAGUGAAAGCUUAAAAUCUAUAUUGACCGGAGCUCCUCAAAGUAAGCUUGGUAGAUUAGCUUUGGUUGAAACUCUAGCUCAUCGAAUCCGUAGCCGUAUGAAAAUCAGGCUUCCAAGCCUUUUAUCAGGGCUUCAGGGAAAAUCUCAGAUUGUGCAAGAUGAAUUGGUAAGGCUCGGAGAAUCUAUGGUUAGUAGUUCUGAAGGUACAAGGGCUUUGGCUUUGGAACUUUGCCGUGAAUUUGAGGACAAAUUUCUUCAACAUAUCAUGACCGGAGAGGGUAGUGGGUGGAAAGUGGUGGCAAGUUUCGAAGGUAACUUUCCUAAUAGAAUCAAGCAGCUUCCUCUAGACAGACAUUUUGAUAUAAAUAACGUCAAGAGGAUUGUGCUAGAAGCAGAUGGUUACCAACCUUAUCUUAUAUCUCCAGAAAAAGGACUGCGGUCUUUGAUAAAAACUGUAUUAGAGAUGGCGAAAGAACCAUCACGUCUUUGUGUUGAUGAGGUUCAUCGUGUGCUUGUUGAUAUAGUUUCAGCGUCAGCAAAUGCUACACCUGGGCUUGGUAGAUAUCCUCCUUUUAAGAGAGAGGUUGUUGCAAUUGCUACUACUGCAUUGGAGAGUUUUAAGAACGAUGCAAAGAAAAUGGUUGUUGCACUUGUUGAUAUGGAGCGUGCGUUUGUUCCACCCCAGCACUUUAUUCGUUUGGUUCAGAGAAGGAUGGAUAGGCAGAAGAGAGAGGAGGAGAUUAAGAACAAAUCAUCCAAGAAGGCGGUGGAGGCAGAACAAUCCUUACAAAAUAGGUCAGCUAGUCCUCAAACAGGAGGGAACUUAAAAUCAUUGAAGGAUAACAAGCAAGACAAGGAUCCACAGGAGGGUCCUGUUCUAAAAGUGGCAGGACCUGAUGGGGAGAUAACAGCAGGAUAUCUGCUGAAGAAAAGCUCAAAAUCUGAUGGGUGGAGCAAAAAGUGGUUCGUCUUGAAUGAAAAGACUGGGAAGCUAGGGUACACUACAAAACAAGAAGAGAGACACUUUCGUGGUGUGAUCAAUCUGGAGGAAUGCAAUAUAGAAGAAGUUGAAGAAGAUGAACCCCCGGCCAAGAGUUCGAAGGAUAAAAAGUCAAAGGUGGAAGAAAAAACACCCAGUCUAGCGUUCAAGAUAACAAGCAAGGUUGCUUACAAGACCGUAUUAAAAGCUCACAGUGCUGUUGUGUUGAAGGCUGAGAGCGUUGCAGAAAAAAUCGAGUGGUUGAACAAAUUGAGAACUAUAAUUGGUGCCAAAGGAGGUCAAGUAAUCUCGAAGACAGAUGGUCUGCCUAUGCGACAUAGUCAGUCAGAAGGAUCUCUUGAUACGAUGGUGAGAAAACCUGCAGACCCGGAGGAAGAACUUCGUUGGAUGGCUCAGGAAGUACGUGGUUAUGUUGAAGCUGUUUUGAACAGUCUUGCAGCAAAUGUUCCAAAGGCAGUUGUAUUAUGCCAAGUGGAAAAAGCGAAAGAAGACAUGCUCAAUAAGCUUUACAGUUCUGUUAGCUCCCAGAGUACGCCGAGGAUUGAAGAGCUGCUUCAAGAGGAUGGUAAUGUUAAGCGCAGAAGAGAGAGAGUUCAGAAGCAAUCUUCCUUGCUCUCCAAACUCACCAGGCAAUUAAGCAUUCAUGACAACCGUGCAGCUGCAGCAUCUGGCAUGUCCAAUGGUACUAGUCCCGCAGAGAGUCCAAGAAGUAGUGGACCGUCAUCAGGUGAUGACUGGAGAUCUGCUUUUGAUGGUGCUGCGAAUGGACCUUCAAACUUCAGCUCAAAGUCGUCCAAUGGCCACAGCCGCAGGAAUAGCGACCCUACUGAGAAUGGCGAUGUGGGCUCUAGCAGUCGCCGCACUCCAAAUCGGUUGCCACCAGCUCCACCUGGUUCUGGAUCUGGUUAUAGAUAUUAGAUUGAUUAUUAGUUCAAAGGAAAUGAAAUUUUAUUGGAGUGGGUGGGUUUGCUCAUUCCUGAUCUGGUAUACCCUCGUGAUCUGGAAUAUAGCAUGCUUUUGUAGAGUUAAGCUUGUUUUGUAGUCAUGUCUUGUAGUUUGUGGAUCGGGGUGUGUUUUAAUUCUCAUUGCCAUUUUGUUGAUCA